AUGGCAGCCCCGCCGCUUGACUUUGAAGCCCUUCUUUCCAGAGAAUACCGGCCGGCACGAAUCGCUCGCUUAAUUCCGCGAGAGGCCUACCAUCCAGAAAAUAAUCAGAAGAAAAAGUCUGUUUCGAUCAAGCAUUCUACGGCUGCGCUCGAGGACGCAACGCGACGACGAGCCGAGGAGGAAACCUCACGAUUGGUAUUGAGCCUUGUUACGCAGACUUCUGCUUUUAUUCAGCAUCUUCCUGAAUCAGAGCGACGGGAUGUGUCGAGUCUGCUGACGAAGAGGCCUCCGGUGGUCUCCUCUUGGCCGGCGUACGAGACCAUCCCAGCACGAUUCCACGAGAUUGAACUCGGCGACUGGGAAUCGAAGGUUCGUUGGAAAAUUGAAGAAGAACCAGAGGGCGAGUCCAAAUAUUCCAAUCGAGACCCUACGGAUUUACUGAGACGGCCCCGAAAUCCCUACUUGGAUAACCUUGUAUUAGACGAAUCCACAAUUUGUUGGGACGGAUCACUCGAGAAACUGCAGGAAAAGGCUCGAAAUACUCCUCUGAUUUUAGAACUUGGCGUAGCUGGACAAUCUGUAGCCCGUCAUGUGUAUCAAAAUACGGUUCUUUCUGCACAACGCCCUACACCUGCACUUAAGUCGGAUGCCUAUCAAAUGCGGCGAGAACGGGAAUGGGCCAAUCCAAUUACUUCCACAGCAGAAGUCUCUAAAGCUGGUUCGCUGCACGCUGAUAAGGACAAAAUGGCGGCGUUGAUCGAGGCUCGUCAAAAGCAACGAGCACAAAUGGCCGAAGACAAGACGAAUCGCGUGACAGAAGCCAUGGGAACGUUGGCUUUGGGUGGUGGAAAAGGACGGACUAUCACUUCCUCGCUGAUGGGUCCAGGAGGAACUGAACGCAGCGGGCGGCCGUCCCGAGAUGUGGGUUCAUCGGGAUUGCAUGAGGCCGAAUAUAUUGAGCAGCUCGAUAUGAUUAAUAGCCAUAGUCUCGUGCGCGAUCUCUCCAAGGUUCUGUUACGACAAUAUCAUAGACCCAAGUUGCCCCUCAGUGUCGUUCGUCAAGACCUGUCCUGGCAAUUCCAGAUCCGCUUUGCUCCCACCAGUAAAAAGACGGAAGUUACCGGCGCUUCAGGAUCAUACCAGGCAAUUAUGACAGGAGCUCACGCAGGUGCGAUAUCAAAGGCCAAGCUGCGCAGCGAAGCGGAUCUGAGUCCAACAGAAGGCAAGCUUAUUUUGCUUGAGUACUGCGAAGAGCGCCCUCCAAUCCAACUAACAAAAGGCAUGGCGAGCAAGAUUGUCAAUUAUUACCGUGGAGACAAGGCACAUUGCCCUGUUUCGGCUGGUGGGGGUGACCGGCCCGCACGCAGAAAAAGAGCCGAGCCCAUUGCUGGAGAGGCAGACGCUCGAUCGAGCCGUGCAGAACGACUUCCUCGGUUGGAAGGGCCAAGUCGGGAAACGUCGGUUUUGGAAUGGGUUGGCAAAGUUCCUAAGAAAUCACAGAAGGAGCGUGCGGAACAAGAUGCAAUAGAUAUCCUUCCGGAGGGUGUAACUGAAAACUUACAUCCCAAGGUCCACGGGCCAUUUCUUGGCGAAGUCGAAGACAGCACAACAGUGACCGGAAUUAUUACAAACUUGUUCGUCGCGCCGAUGUUUCUUCACGAACCUGAAACAACUGACUUUUUGAUGGUCCUCACACCACCUAGUGGAGCGGCAAGGCCCGGCCAGCGUGAGUCAAUGAGCGUGAUCCUUCGAGAUUUGCCUACGAGCACUUUCACUGUUGGUCAAACAGAGCCUCGUGUGCGGGUCUUCGCGCCAAACACCCAGGGUGAAAAGAACUUUGUAGGGCCUUUUGUUUCAUAUCAAAUUGCUAGAGCUCUCGCUCGUUCUCAAGGUCGAGAAGGACACGGUUUACGAUUUGACGAGAUCCAAGAUCGCGUACUGCCUAACCUUGAGUUACCGUCGAAUGCGUUACGGCCCCGCCUCAAACAAGUCGCUCUGUACGACAAGAAUACUCAGAUCUGGACGACGAAACAAAUAGGGUUUGAAGAGUACCCCGGAGUUGACGCCCUCGGCAGGACUAUUGCACCCGAAGGUGUUGCAGCUUUUGAGAGUGCUUGCGCAGCCAGUCGCCGACUGUCAGACCUUGGAAUCCACCAACUUCUAGCUGGCUCACAUACUGUUCUAAGCGUGGGCGUCAUUAUGGUCUAUAUUUCCGGACAGCUGAAUGCAGCCAAAGACUUGUCAAGAAAAAUGAAGAAGCUAGCGGAAUUGCGUCGCUCGAACAAGAGCAUCUCGGCUGUCCAAGUCGCUUUUUAUGAACAGGCGGCCGCGAUCAUUGAAUCUCAUUUUAAGAUCUUGCGGCAAAAACAUGAAAUUGCACAGUUUAUAUAUGAGCAGCUUCAACUUGCUCCAUGGCAUUUGACCGGUGAGUUUAUCGAUGUUCAUAAAAAAGGCGACGGGACUGGCAUGAUGAAGCUAACUGGUCUCGGCGACCCAAGCGGUCAAGGAGAAGGUUUUAGCUUUAUCCGUGAAGCGGACUCGAAACCAAGCAAGUCCGUCGGGAAUGCAGCUCUGAGUGCAGAGGUCAAAAAGAUUACUGGGACAGAAGAUGAUCUUCGAAAACUUACGAUGAAGCAAAUGGCGAGCUUGCUUCGCUCAUAUGGUAUGACACAGGAAAAGAUUGAUACACUAAAGAGGUGGGAUCGAGUGCACGUCAUCCGGGAUCUUUCCACGAAAGCCGCGAGCGAUGGAAUAGGUGACGGCCUUGAACGCUUUGCCCGCGGUGAAAAAAUGAAACUUUCGGAGCAGAAGCAGAUGUAUCGGGAUCGUGUCCGAGUCAUAUGGAGGCGACAGAUUGCUGCAUUAUCGAUGGAUGACAAGGUCGCUGGAAGCACAGAAGGAGCGGCUAUCGCUGACGGCGAGAACGAAGUUUCUGGAAUGGCACAGCAAUCACAAUCCAAUAAGCCGGACAGCACCAGUAAGCUAGGCUCCGAUUCAGAUUCAUCAGAUGACGAUGACGAUCUUGCAGCGGCGUUGGAAGACGAAAUGCUGGAUCGAUCGGAAGCGAAUCAGCUCGUUGCGGAGCAUACUGGCGGAGGAGAAGCUGACGGCGGUCUGGGACAGCUGCGGGCGGCUGCACAGGACCACGAGAUGAAUAAGGAUGCCCGCGAGCUUGCAGCAUUAAAGCGGCAGCGUGAGGAGGAAAGGGCAGUCCGCGAAGGUUUGCAGUCGAACAAGCCGAAGGUAGAAUCCUUCGAUACACAAAUGCGUUCAAACAGAAAGGUCAUAAGAAAGAAGGUAGUAAAAACACAUCCCGACGGCCACCAGACAACAACCUUCAAAUUCGUCCUCAGACCCGACGAAGUCGGAAAGAUCAUGGCCCGGCUUCAGCAAGACAACAGCGAAGAUCACCGUCGAAAAAAAGAGUUUCAGUACGAAGCAAACUCAGACGAAAAGCCUCCAGGUCAAGCUUUGUUCGAAGACGAAGACGAUUUUGAGUAUUCUUCCCGCGGGCGCUUUGCCGACAAACGCGGGGGGAAUCGUAAGCGGCGAGCCGGAGGUCGAGCAACUCCCCGGGGUACGCUCCAGUUUGGAAAACUGAAAAGCAAAAUAUCCAAAGAGGAACGGAUGCGGAAGAGAAAACGGGAAGAGGAAGAAUUAGAAGUUUAUACUGCGUCAGCGAAGCACAAAGGAACUAACAACCGCAAGGAGCGCGGUUCUAUUCGAAACCGCCGACCACAUGUUAUUUUCUCCGAAAAGUUGGAAGCAAUUCGGUCAGCCGUAGAAGCCCGUCCAGGAGCUUUACCGUUUGUGAAACCUGUUAAUCGACGUCUUCUACCCAAGUACUACGAAGUUAUCAGCGAUCCCAUCGACCUGCAGACAAUUCGAGAUAAGAUCAAGCGGUACGAAUACAGAUCUGCCGACAACCUUGUUCGCGAUUUUGACCUCAUGAAAAGCAACGCCGUCAAAUUCAAUGGUCAAACCAGCCCCAUCGCUCAGGAAGCGAUCGCAAUUCACGAGUUUGUUUCGAAUCAAAUUGAAUCACACCGGUCCGAACUUAGCGCUCUCGAGACAGCGGUACAGGAUCAGAUGAAUGGAAAGCCGAAAAAGAAAGUCAAGAAAGGCCUAAUGAAAUCUAGUGGAUCUGGAAACACUGCAAGAAUAGGAGGCAUAUCAGUCAACCUUGGAGAUUUUCAGGGAAUGCAAUUCGAAGGGAACGACUCAGAUAGUGGGGAUGAAGUUUCGUUUACAGGGCUUUUGGAUUUUUAGAGGGAGAUUAAUGAUCUUCUUAACAUACUUUUCUGAUGUUAAGGGUUCUAUUGCCAUGUACCUCGAUACAUGACGACUUCCUCUCCUUCUUCAAUAUCCUCCGUUGCCACCAUGAACACGUCGAAACUGACCCGAUUCCGUUCGUAGACAGGCGAAUACUUAGGGCGAAUUCCCGACGGAUGAUUGGGCACCCAUUUGUCUACGUUUGCCUCCUCUCUUCCGUCUACACGCCGAAUCAAAACGGAACCGCCCAAUUCGACGUAGUGCUGGGCACUGCCAUCGGCCGCGCUUUCGUGCGCGUAAGAUUCAAAAAAUCCGAGCAAGUCCUGAAUCACUGCCACACGACCCCCGCCCACUUCUGUAUUCUUUUUCAAUCCUUCCAAGUUGCGGGUUGUGACUUGCAGUGAGCUGGCGAGAUGCGCUGGCAUUACAAAUGAUCCUCUCGGAAUGCUCGUAGUUGCGUACACUUUCGUCGAAAUUAUCUUGCCACUUUCGUUUUUGUGAGUUUCAACACGGAACGAACUGUUCUCUUCAUUUUCCAAAUCAAAAUCGUGCAAUUCUGCCUGCAUAUUCAUGGUACGGUAGGCACACUCAAACGGCAUUGGUUCACGACGACAGUAGACGGUCUCCCAUCCCUUCUUGGGCCACUGAUACGAGCGCUGGGUGGUCCCAUCGAAAUAGGUCAAGGCCCGAACUUUGUUAUGCGUUCGAACGAUCCGAUCAUAAAUUUCGUAGUCAACCUGAUCGCUACGAGCGUACCAGCGGCUACGGCAAGUGACGCUCUUACAGAC